AUGAAAUCCAACGUCCUUGUUCUCUGCACAGGCAACUCCUGCCGUAGUCAUAUAGCCGAGGGGGUUCUCAAUGCCAUCGCUGGCGACGUAAUCAACGUGCAUAGCGCAGGCUCGAAUCCCGCUAGCUUUGUCCAUCCCAAAGCAAUUGAAGUGCUUAAGGAGAUCAAUAUUGAUAUUGGUGCACACAGAUCAAAGCACAUGGACACAUUUCUUGAUAGCCCAAUUGCGACCGUUAUCACCGUCUGCGGCAGCGUCGACCAGGUCUGCCCUUUCUUCCCAGGCCAAGUGAACCGCUAUCACUGGGGCUUCGAUGAUCCCGCGCGUUUCCAAGGCAGUGAUGAGCAGGUGUUAGCAGAGUUUCGCCGUGUGCGGGAUGAGAUUCGCAAGGUCUUUGAAGCAUACGCAGCAGGGUUGCGGGAAGGGCACCUGAGAGUUUCUGGUCAACCAUGA